ACACAACCAUGCAUCAUCGAUUAAUUUUAACUCACAACCUUCUCUCACCUCUCCCAUCCUCCCCUUCUUCAUAUUCCUCUCUCCAUCCCUUUUCGCCCAACGAGGGAUGGCGAGCCCCGCGCUCUUCUUCUUCCUCCUCCUCGUCUCGUCCACCUCCUUCCUCCUCUCCGCCUCCCAAUACCUCAGCCCUCCACCCCCCACUGCCCCUCCGUCUCCUCCACCUCCACCUCCACCUCCGACUACUCCUCCUCCGCCCGACGCCAGCCAGCCGACGCUGCCGAACCCAUUCAAUGGCGUCUUCAGGCCGGUGUCCUUCACGAACGGCCGGGGGUACUACAGGAGCAUGGCGCGGGAGUUCUUGAUGGCGCACAACCGCAUUCGCGCGUUGGUGGGGGCGACGCCACUCCGAUGGGACCAGCAUCUGGCGCGGUACGCGCGGCGGUGGUCGGACCAGCUGCGCAGCAAUUGCACCAUGGAGCACUCGAGGGGGCCGUACGGAGAGAACUUGUUCUGGGGCACCGGGUGGGACUGGAAGGCGACCGACGUGGUGCUCAACUGGGCGGAGGAGCACGCGUUCUACAACCCCGCCAACAACUCGUGCUCGCCCGGACAGGUCUGCGGACACUUCACCCAGAUCGUGUGGAACAACACCGAGCGCGUCGGCUGCGCCCGCGUCGAGUGCACCGGCGGCGGCGUCAUCAUCACCUGUAAUUACGACCCGCCCGGCAACUGGGUCGGGGAGCGGCCCUACGAGCUCGCUGCGCCCGGGACUGCGGCGUGAGGAGCAUAGUGGCGCUUGAGUUGGUAUUUGCGGAGUGGAUUUUAUAUGCAAGAUUAAUUUAUUCCAUGGUUAUUAUAAUGCCUACUUAUUCUAAUGUAUGGAUCUUCUUUGUAAGAUGUUUUGUCAAGAGUUACAUUUUUCAUUCACAAA